AUGUCCAUUUUAGGCAAGCGACUUCUUCGUCAGUGGAUAUGCGCCCCAACAUGUGACGUGAAUGUGCUGAAGUCUCGUCAGGAAGCAGUUGAGUGGCUUAUGUCUCCUGCAGCUGCGCGAUUCACUGAGAAGGCAAGCGAGUUGCUGCGCAAGAUACCAGAUUUGGAAAGGCUUUUACAAAAAAUUCAUACACUUGGACUCAAAUAUCGCGCUGAUACCCAUCCAGAUAGUCGUGCUGUUAUGUUUGAAGCAGCAAACUAUAACAAACGAAAAAUUAAAGAUCUCCUUAACACAUUAGCUGGUUUUCAAACUUGUUAUGAUCUCAUUAUAUUGUAUGACAAUUUUCGCCAACAGCAGGAUGGAUGUCCAUUGAUUGAUCAAUGUAUAGGACUAGAUGAAAGAAUAGAUCUAUGUUCUCAUUUGGAACAUUUUGCGAUUCUCGCAAGAAUAAUCAUUAUUAUCCAGAAAUCUUUCAACCACGCCACAGCGGAAAAGGAAGGUAUGAUUGUUCCGCAGAAAGGUCAGGACGAAGCAUACGACAGCGCAUGUAGGCAAGUAGAAGAAGCUAUACGACAGGUGGAGAUCUACAGAAAAGAGCAAGAAAACAAGCUUCGAUGCAAGGUAAACCUUUCUAAAGCAAUAAGUCUUCCGCCAAGAAAUUUGUUUCGUUUGCAGAUCACGUACUUUGGCAGUGGUAAGAACAGAUAUCAAAUGGAAAUAGCCGAAAAUGUGAAUGUCCCUAGGAAUUACGAUUUGAAAUCGCGGAGGAAGGGGUUCGGAAGGUAUACGACAGAAACCCUCAACGAGCUUAUUGAUGAAGUGUUCAAAGCUGAAGAUAAUAAAGAUCAGCAGAGAAACGAUGCUACACGUAGAGUGUUUUCUGAUUUUGACAGCAGGCGAUCAAUUUGGUCUGCGGUGCUAAAUCGCAUUGCUCAGUUGGAUGUUCUGUUAUCCUUAGCCCGCUACUGCCAAACUUGUGGGCUUGCUGUGUGUCGCCCAGAAUUUUUGUGCGGUUUAGACAAGCCUACUUUGGAAAUUGAAGAGGGUUAUCAUCCAUGCCUUGCUGUAAAACUGCCUACUAGCGAUGCUUCUUCUGCCUGCACUUAUAUAGCAAAUGACUCAUAUUUGGGUGGAGAUCACCCUCCAACAGUUCUACUAACUGGUCCGAAUAUGGGUGGUAAAUCAACUCUGAUGAGACAAGUAGCAGUACUAACAGUUCUUGCGCAUAUGCGAAAACCUGGAACUUCUGGAUUAAAUGAAAUGGUCUAA